GCUGCUCACGCCCCUCCGGACGAGGGCGGCGAUGCGCGGCCGCUCGGGGAGCGAGCCCUGCGAGCAGGCCAUUUCCCAGACCCGCCCCCUCCGGCUGCGGGGAUGCUAAAGCGUGGCAGGGGCCGGCCCGGGAAGCGGAGGAGGCGGGUCUCCAUAGAAACCUCCACCUGUUUCCGGCCAGCCUGUGUGAAAUUAGGGGCUGGUGCGGGGGCCAAUCUCCGCCAGCUCGCUUCUUCCCGGCGGCCCCUGCGGUCGCGGUGGGUGUUGUACACAAUCAUCAUGGCGGCGGCCGGAGCCCCGGAUGGCAUGGAGGAGCCGGGCAUGGACACGGAGGCCGAGGCUGUGGCCACCGAGGCGCCCGCACGGCCCCUCAACUGCGUGGAGGCCGAAGCAGCCGUAGGGGCAGCGGCGGAGGACUCCUGCGACGCGCGAGGUAACCUGCAGCCGGCCCCGGCCCAGCCCCCUGGGGACCCUGCGGCCCAGGCCUCGGUCAGCAACGGCGAGGACGCGGGCGGCGGUGUGGGCAAGGAGCUGGUGGAUCUGAAGAUAAUCUGGAACAAGACCAAGCACGACGUGAAGGUCCCUCUGGACAGCACGGGGUCCGAGCUAAAGCAGAAGAUUCACUCCAUUACAGGUCUCCCACCUGCCAUGCAGAAGGUCAUGUAUAAGGGACUUGUUCCUGAAGACAAGACGUUGAGAGAAAUAAAAGUGACCAGUGGGGCCAAGAUCAUGGUGGUUGGUUCUACUAUAAAUGAUGUCUUAGCAGUAAACACCCCGAAAGAUGCUGCCCAGCAGGAUGCAAAGUCUGAAGAAAACAAGAAGGAGCCCCUCUGCAGGCAGAAGCAACACAGGAAAGUGUUGGACAAGGGAAAACCUGAAGAUGUGAUGCCGUCUGUUAAGGGUGCCCAGGAGCGCCUGCCAACGGUACCCUUGUCUGGCAUGUACAAUAAGUCUGGAGGGAAAGUGAGGCUCACCUUUAAGCUAGAGCAAGACCAGCUGUGGAUCGGCACUAAAGAGCGGACUGAGAAACUGCCCAUGGGCUCCAUUAAAAAUGUGGUCAGUGAACCUAUUGAAGGACAUGAAGACUACCACAUGAUGGCGUUUCAGUUGGGCCCCACGGAAGCCUCUUACUACUGGGUGUACUGGGUUCCAACUCAAUAUGUGGAUGCAAUCAAAGACACUGUGCUGGGCAAGUGGCAGUAUUUUUGAAAGCACUUUCACCUCUGGCCCAGGAGACUGACCCAAAGUGAAGGACAUUGCCGGGAGAGGUCCGCAGCAUCCCUGGAUUGCAGAGUUCUGGGACUUUGUUCACACACACAAAAAAAUCUCUAUUCAAUCUGAGGUGAUGUGGUGACUGAAGCCAGAGGUGAUGUACUUUCACCAUUAGCUUAAUUUGAACUUAAAAUCACCGGUUCCCUUUCUUGCAGUCAGCUUCAUACCAUUUUUAAAGUCAGUAUGGUGGAAAUUAAUAAAUCCAAGUUUCGAACAUGUGUGGAAUACUCUUAUACUCUUAAGUCUGUUUGAGAGUAGCUCUACCAGCAAUGCUGAGAGGGAAUCAUCAAAAGCUUUCUGAUUGUUUCCUUUUUUUCUUUGCUCAUUUUCUUUCUUUUUUUUUUCCUCUUUCUUUUUUUUCCUUUUCCUUUCUUUCUUUUUCUUUUUUUUUCCCUAGAAGUGAUUUCAACUGAAAUUGAUGUCUUCGGUUGCAAACAUUUGGACUGCAUUGUGAUGAGUCUGGUUGUUUUUUUUGUUUGUUUGUUUUCCCUUGGUAUUAAAAUUGUAUGCAAAAUGGGGGUGGUGAGUAAGCCAUAUGUUUUUGUGUGUGUGCUCAUUGAUUCAGAUAUUUUUGUUUUGUUUUUUUUCAUUAUUUCCCUAUGAUUUUGUUUUAAGCCCAAAGAUGCCAGUUUCUCUUUUGGUACCUCAUUUUCACCUCUUUGCCAGGCUCUCUUCCAUGUGCUGCUGCUUGGGAAUGUACAUGGAAAGUAACAGCUGUGGUCUUGGUGUAGGGUUCCCACCUCGCUGUGGUGGUCUUCGAUGAGCAGAGUAUCUCUCACCUGACUCCUGUGUACCCUUUGGAUCCCUGGUCUGAGGCGUGCCACUGCUGGUUUGCUUGUUGACAGCCUUCCUUUAGCUUGACUUUAAAGUUCUGCCUAUCACCACAGCCUAGGGUUUGCUGCUCCAAGACCCCCUGCUCUGAGGAGCUGGCUUGCCAUAUAGCCACACAUCAUACACUUUAUUUUUUGGGAAGCUUCCUAGAACUCCUUAAGCAGUCCAAUGGUUGUUUGAAUUAUGCUUCUCCAUUCAGUCCUUCUGCUCAUGCGUUCAGUUCAAGUGUCCUUUAUCCCAGGUUCAGAGAUGCUGCCUUUCUCAUGGAAGACUUUUGACCCAGUGGGUCAGCAAGUGAUAUUCCAACAACAAAGAUGGGAUAAGUUGCUUUCAGGACCAGCUUGCUCUCCUGGUUUUAGCCCUGACGUUCUGUGUACAUGUGAUCUGCUGUCUUUUCUGUAAGCCUUGAUUGACUGAAAGGAGGGACAGUCUCUUGGUGGAUGAUCCCCUUGUGCUGUUUGCUGUUUCUCUGCUGCUGUCUUUGCAAUUCUCCUCUCACUGGUUGCAGGCUCUCAUAGUAAGGUUUGGUGAGAAACCUUCCCAGCGUCACACUUUGGACUCUUAAGCUGUUACCCGCCCUCAUCCUGUGAAAUGUAUUCGCAUGUAUUGCCUAAGAUUCCUUGUGAGCCAAUUGACAAUAUUUAUGCCCUUCCCUUCUAAACUGUAGUUUGGGAAUCCAGCCCACAUAGACAGCCUCUUGCUUUUUGUGGUGUAUUCAGUGCCAAGUUAUGCAUCUGGACAGGAAAACCUACUCUGCUUUUUGGGCGCAUAAGUAACAUGUGAAGUACAGCGUCCAAGAAACUGCCUGUGUUUCAGCACCUCAGUGAUAAUUGUGGAUUUUCUGUUCUUGUUGGCCUGCAGUUCCUGGAGAAGGUGCACUUUGCUCCUUGUCCCAGCCUCCUCCUGCACUUGGCAGGCUGUCAAGGAAGUGACCAAGUGGCAGGUAGAGCAUCUUCUUGGUUUGAAUACUGUCAUUUGUUUGCCAAUGUCUCUGUCCUUGAGACUUGUCUUGACAGUGCCACAUAUCUAGUUUUGGUCUCUGUGAUUGGGCCUCUGGUGUUCCCACCUUGGCUCUGAGGCCCAUCCUGCCAGCCCCGUUUUCUGUGUGGGUCCCAGUGCUCUUCGCUGCCUUCUCCCGGUACUCAUGCCCUGCCAUUAUCCCCUGCUGCCCAAGGGCCAAACUGCUUCUCACGCAGGCCGGUGUCAUUUCAAGAGGACCAAAGCCUCUGUGAGCCUUUUUAUUUUAAGUAAAAUGGUGCUUUUUCCUUACUUGGAGAUAUUCUCUAUAAAUAAUGUAAAUGACACCUUUCAUAUGGAGAUGUUUUGAGUAUUGCUUUCCAGAGCUUGCUGAAUCUGCUUGAGCUCUGGCUCCUGACCCUGUCAGCAUGGAAGGCCUUGCCAGAAGCUCUCAGAGGGACCGGGACAGGCAGCGCCAGAAGCCCUGGGAAUAAGUGUUUAGAUCUGUCUGGGUCAUAGCAGUAUUUGCUAUUUUGUCACUCAGUCCCGUGAACAGUCUUUAUAUAUUUCUUAACAUGUGGAAUAUACUGACUAAAUCUGUGUGAGCAAAUUGGAAUACUCUUCCCUUUAGGUAGCAUCCCAAUAUGUUUUUUUCCUCAAGAGUAUACCUGUACAAUUCUUUCAGUCAGAUGAGAGGGCACACAGGAGAAGGCUUCUGGUGGUAUCACAUGAGGCUAGGUAAAAGAGUCCUACUCACAACAAGGCUCCUCAGCUUGUCAUCAUGUAGCCACUCAAAGGGCUGUUCUCCCAUCUGCAAGUGGUACUGGUGGCCCUUCUGUAGGACUGCCAUCACAGACAUCAUGCCUUCCUUUUCCUCCCUGAGGUGACUUGGCAGAAAAAUGUGAUCACAUAACUGCUGCUGAGCCUGGGUCCCUCAGGUCAGAGCUCUUAGACUCUGAGUUUCAGGACUCUUGGUAAGAAGUAUUUUAAUCCAUGAUGGGCCUUUGCGGGUAGCUUUGACUGGGCUAAGGAUUACUUUCUUUGCAUCUUGUAGACAUAGUAGGAGCCUGCCUGGUAAGGUCCUAAGUAGCUCCUUAGUUGCUGCUUUCCCUUAUGAGGGCCAAAGAGAUGAACUUUGCUACAUUGCCAUGUCUCAGAAAAGUCGCCAUAUCUCACCCAGAAGGGAAUUUUUCCUCUUUAAUGUGCCUGGAGGAGCAUUGUGAGCUAUUGCAAUUGGCCUGUCCUUUUCUUUGCCAGGAGCCAAGAAGGGAGGGAAAAAUAGAUGUAUGCCAAGGUUGGGCUUUUCACCCAUCUGCCAACUUCCUCUUGCUUCUUGCUACCGUUCAGGCCUGUUCCCUUGGAAAAGGAUGGUCCCUCUGUCUUUAAACUUUGUAAUAAAGUUACUUCCAGUCAGGAUCAGACCCGUUUCCUUCUUCAUAGGCCUAGAAGUGGACAGGAGCCCUCUAGUGUGCAAAUCAGCUGGUGGGUUUACCUGCCAGGGUGGGUGGUUCUGCUUUCUUGGUGUCUGAGAACCUUCUGUACCUUUCCUACAGACUUCUGCAGAGGUAUCUGACAAUAUGUAAGUACUAUGUUUUCCUUGUGGUGUACACUCUGUUCUUGUUUGUUUUUAAGUCAAAACGCCUGUUUGGGAGGAGAUGAACGUAUUUAGUCUAUUAGAUUUGCGCUGCUGGAUUUUUUUUUUUUUUUAAAUAUGUAAUCUUGACUAGCUGUCGUAUUGUUUAUCCUGUAAGAUUAGUCUAUCAAUUAAAGUUUGAUAAUUAAUUGUG